AUGCCCGGUCGGCUCGAACCACUAGUGACGUUACCAGAAAAUGGGGAACUGGACCUGGACACGGGCAAAGGGCGCAAUGCCGUUGUUUUUGAAGCCGACGAUGUAGUUGGUGAUAUAAGAUACGCCAUCAAGGUGUUUAGACGAACCCGGAACAGAAUUGACCGAGAAAUCCAAAUGCUCCAGCACUUACGUGGAGGACGGAAUAUCGUUUCGUAUUUUGAGACCUUGAAUGAUGAUGAGGGAGUGCCACGAGCCUUGGUACUUGAGGCGGUAGACCACACGGAUUUCCGACAACUAUUUCCUCAAUUCGGCAUGGGCGAUAUCCAGUACUAUGCCUCCGAGCUAAUUGAGGCAAUAUGCUUCUGCCACUCGCAUGGUGUAAUGCACCGAGAUAUAAGACCGCACAACAUCGUAAUUAAUCCCCAGACUAAGCAGCUGCGACUAGUUGGCUGGGGUUCUGCUAAAUUCUGGGACCCUGGUGAGGACCACAGUGUCCGGGUCUCGCUCUUCAAGCCCCCGGAGUUACUCGUUGACUAUCGGAAAUAUGACUUCAGUAUAGACAUGUGGGGGUUUGGAAGCGUAUUGGCAUCUUUGGUCUUUAGAAAAGAGCCGUUCUUCCACGGCAACAGUAUAUCUGAUAUGCUGGUAAAAAUUUCCAAAGUUCUCGGCACAGACGAGUUGUUUGACUUCCUCGACAAGUUUGAAAUCGAGCUUGACGAACACAUUCUUUCACAAUUGGAGUAUCAACCGCGACGUCCAUGGUCAAGCUUCAUCACCCCUGAAAAUGAAAGUAAUGUCAGUGAUGAAGUAUUUGAUUUGCUGAACCGCGUGUUGAGAUACAACCCUCGCGAGAGACUGUCUGCUGACGAAGCCUCGUUUCACCAAUUCUUCACUAUGGUCACCGGGAACUAUGUUGUAAUAGAGCAGGAUUAA